AUGCACUACUGCAGUACACGUGGAGGGGUUCAUGGCUGGGACUUCCGGGAUGUCCUUUUCUCGGGUUACGCUCCAGACGGUGGCAUGUUCAUGCCCGAGACGAUUCCCUCAAUCUCCCCUGCCACUCUCCAAUCCUGGUGCUCUCUGUCCUACCAGCAGCUUGUGUGUGAAGUGUGUUCGCUCUUCAUUCCUGAGCAGCUCAUCCCAAAACAUGACUUGGAAGGCCUAGUAUCUAGUGCUCUGUCCAAGUUCUCUGUGCCGGAUGCAGUGAAGAUAGUGCGACUGAAGGGCUCUCUGUCCAUCUUGGAAUUGUUCCAUGGAAAGACACUGGCUUUUAAAGAUCUGGCUAUGACCUGCACCAUACGCUUCCUGGAGUACUUCCUGCGCAAGGACAACAGACGUGCCACCGUCCUUGUUGGAACGUCUGGGGAUACUGGAAGUUCAGCCAUCAGCAGUGUGUGUGAUCUUAGUGCGGUGGAUAUAGUGGUGGUUUUCCCUCAUGGACGAAUCACUCAGGUGCAAGAGAGACAGAUGACCACUCACAUAGAGGACAAUGUCCAUGUUUUUGCAGCGGACGGAAGUUCGGAUGAAAUCGAUGUGCCUUUGAGGAAGCUGUUUGCUGAUCAGGACUUAGUCAGUCGCUAUGGUCUGAUGAGCCUGAACUCAGUGAACUGGUCACGCAUUCUGGUGCAGCUCGCGCAUUUUAUAUAUGCCUACCUACAGCUGAGUGGAGUUCAGGAUACAGACGGAGAUGGACUACCAGCUCUAGAGGUAGUGGUGCCCACAGGAGGGGCAGGAAAUAUAACAGCUGGAUGCAUUGUAAAGCACAUGGGGGUUCCCCUGCACCUCGUGGCCAUGGUGAACUCUAAUGACGUUGUGCACCGUGCAGUUCAGAGUGGAGAUUUCUCCAUGGCCGACAGCGUCAAGCAAACUCUGGCUCCAGCCAUUGAUAUUCAGGAUCCUUAUAACAUGGAGCGUGUGUUCUGGUUGUUAUCUGGGAAAGAUGGAGCUUUAGUAAAGAAGAUGAUGGAGCAGUUUCAGGACACUCACGCACUCUCUCUACCUGAAACACUCCACAAAAAGUUGUGUUCAGUCAUGUGUUCAGGUUCCGUGUCUGAUGAGGGGAUAAUGGAGGCCAUAAAGAGGUGCUGGGAGGAAAAUCAGUAUUUGUUGUGUCCUCAUACCGCUGUGGGAGUCUGGCAUCACUACCACUGUCCUGUCCGUAAUGGGGAGAACAGGUGUUGCAUUGCGACAGCCUCUCCAGCCAAGUUUCCCGAAGUGGUACAGAAAGCAGGCCUGACCAUUGACCUACCUGAAGCGGUGAGGCAGCUGGAAAAGAUGGAGACUCGCUAUAAACAUCUAGAGCGAAGCGAGAACUGGGAAACCGCAUUAAGAGAGCGCAUCGAGGCGAUCGGCUCUGCACGACAACAUGGAACGCUGUUUUAUACAUUAUAG